AAGAAGCGUUCGCCAUCCGAUUUUCUCAAGUCGGUGUUGGGUCGCCCCGUGCAGGUGAAGUUGAAUUCGGGCAUUGAAUAUCGGGGGAUUUUGGCUUGUCUCGAUGGCUAUUUGAAUAUUGCCAUGGAGCAGACGGAGGAAUACGUCGACGGACAGCUGCAAGCAAAGUAUGGGGACUGCUUUAUCCGGGGAAAUAAU